AUGAAGUUCUCCCUCAUCGCCGUUGGCUUCGCCGCUCUCGCCGCCGCCGCCCCCCUCGGCGCCCGCCAGGCCAACGUCUUCUCCACCCAGACCUUCAACGACCUCUCCAUCAGCGGCGGCACUGCCGGCAACGCCGAGCAGGAGGCCCUCGACAAGCUCUCCGGCCUGCCCACCGACCUGACCCAGGUCAGCGAGGCCGACCUCGACUUCCUCAACAGCGUCAACCAGAUCGCCAACGGUGCCGAGAAGGAGGCCUUCAACCCCGCCAUCGAGGGCGCCACCGGCGAGGAGGCCGCCGCUCUGGAGCGCGGCAAGACCAAGAACAAGGUUCUCAAGCUCACCGCCACCAUGCUGAAGCUGCAGGCUCAGCAGGCCCAGGGCAAGGACGUUGCCGCCAAGAUGGCCGAGGAGCAGAAGAAGCUCGACAACAACAUCGCCAAGGACGUCGCUGAGGCCGGCAACGAGUCGACCGCUCUCGACUUCGAGGCCUCCACCGCAUAA